CACGUCCGACGUGUUUUUAUGUAUUUAUGUUUAUAUCUUCGUUCACCGGAAGUUCCGGGUUACGAUCGAUGACGACAUCGCCCGUUCCUCGUCUCAUUGGUCGUGUCCGCUCCUCAUGGGUUUUCCCGCGCUGUUAAAGAAACGUACAACAAGCUGUGGUUGCGUCGGGUUAAAAAACCACCGAUACCGGAGCAGAGUCUAGUUUGUUACCGGAGCAGAGUCCUUAUUACCGGGAGAUGCCGUCCUCCGGUUACGACGCGGCCUGUCUGCCGGAUCUCCUGCCGCUGUAUUACCGGCGACUCUUCCCCUUCGCCCAGUAUCACCGCUGGUUGAACUAUGGCGGAGUGCAGAAGAACUACUUCCAGAAUCGCGAGUUCUCCUUCACGCUCAAAGACGACAUCUACGUCCGCUACCAGUCGUUCAGCACGCAGACGGAGCUGGAGAAGGAAAUGCUGAAGAUGAACCCGUACAAGAUCGACGUUGGAGCGAUAUACAGUCACAGGCCGAAUCAACACAACACGGUGAAGUCCGGGACCUUCCAGGCGCUGGAGAAGGAGCUGGUGUUUGAUAUCGACAUGACGGAUUAUGAUGAUGUCAGAAGCUGUUGCAGUGCUGCGGAGAUUUGUUCCAAGUGCUGGACCCUGAUGACCAUCGCUGUUCAUAUCCUGGAUCGAGCGCUCCGAGACGACUUUGGUUUCCAGCACCUGCUGUGGGUUUACUCUGGCCGAAGAGGAGUGCACUGCUGGGUGUGUGACGAAGCUGCCAGGAAGCUGUCGGUGGCCGCUCGCUCUGCCGUCGCGGAAUACCUGAGCCUGGUGAAGGGUGGAGACGAGACGGUGAAGAAAGUGGUGCUGACGGAUCCUCUUCAUCCCUUCAUCAGAGAGUCUUUGGCGGUGGUGGAGCGAUACUUCCCCCAGUACGCUCUUCACGAACAGGAGAUACUGAGCCGCAAGGAAUCUGUGGACAAAGUGCUGGCGCUGGUGCCUGAAGAUGUGAGAAAAGAGUUGCAGCAGGAUUUCAAGAAUGAGAUGAAACCAGAGAGUCGCUGGAAACUGGUUCAGGAUCAAGCCAGUAGGAAACAGGCCACUGCCAAGAAGGGCCAACACUUCGAGAAGGAGAUCAUGCUGCAGUAUUGUUACCCGCGGCUCGACGUGAACGUCAGUAAAGGCGUGAACCACUUGCUGAAGAGCCCCUUCAGUGUCCACCCCAAGACAGGACGCAUUUCUGUUCCCAUGGACCUGGAGGAACUGGACACGUUUGAUCCUUUAGCUGUUCCCACCAUCAGUCUGAUUUGUGAGGAGCUGGAUCGGCCCAGAGCAGCAGGAGGAGGAGAGGAGUCGGAGGACGUGAAGGAGAAGGAAAACGAGAAGGACGCGGCGGAGAGACGAAAGAUCAGAGUGACUUCUUCAGUUUCCUUGAGGGAAAACCUUCAAAGCUUUCGGCUUCAGUUCCCACCUGAAAUUAACAAAACCAAACGAGAGAAGAGAGAAAACCCCGGGGGCUUAAAGAGGAGGAGAAUCGGUCAGAACGCACAGGACAACGUGUCUCGGACCCAAACAGAUUACAAAAGAACCAGUCUGGCAAAGUACGUGAAAUACUUCGAUCAGUUUCUGGACGGACUGGCUCUUUCGUGGAAGGGAGAGCUUCUCAAAAAGAGCGAUCUUGAGAAAGACUUCUGACCGGGAUCAACACUUGUGCGGUGGCGCCGUGGCUUUAAAUGCGCGCGGUGGUGGAAUAUUGCCAUUGUUCUGAGGCAAUGUCAGAUUCAGAAAUAAUACAUUCAUAAAUUAAACAAGAAUAAUUCCUUGUCUUUGAAAAAUGCCAUUUUUAUAUUUUCUGUCUUGUUGUCUCUUCUACAUUUUGCUACUGUACAGUCAUUUGUGAAAAUAAAUACUCUUUCAAAA